AUGGCUUCACAUCUUCUUCCUUCUUUAGGCUUUUCGCCAACUCCUCUCGUGCCAGACCGAGUGGGAGGCAUGCCUGAUAAUGGUGCCGUUGAUACCCCCGGCUCGGAGACCCCAGUUUCCGAGUCCGGAGAGGAUCGCGACAGACAAAUCACCACUCUUGCACGUUCUCUCUCGCAAAUUUCGCGACAGAGCAGCCUCAGAGCAGCCAGUCAACCUGGAGAGGGUGUCAACACCUUCCUCGACUCAAGUGACCCAGAACUAGAUCCCAAUAGUGACCAGUUUAAAUCGCGCAAAUGGGUGAAGAAUAUCAUCCAGAUGACCUCUUGCGAUUCAGAACGGUACCCGCGUCGCACAGCAGGAGUCUCCUUUCGCAACCUCAACGUUUUUGGCUACGGCACCGCGGCUGAUUACCAGAUGGACUUCGCCAAUUUCUGGCUCAAAGGUGCAGGAUGGUUCCGCAGUGUUUUGGGUUUGCAGAAGAAAGUACGCAUUGAUAUCCUGCGGGACUUCGAAGGCAUUGUUCACAGUGGUGAGAUGCUAGUUGUACUAGGUCGCCCGGGAAGCGGAUGCUCUACCUUGCUCAAAACCAUUGCCGGAGAGACUCAUGGUCUCCACCUUGACGAGGAGAAAGGAUGUGAAGUGAAGUAUGAUGGCAUGUCCUGGGACGACAUGCACAGCCGUUUCCGUGGCGAAGUCAUCUAUCAAGCCGAAACCGAGACUCACUUCCCUCAGCUGACUGUCGGUGAUACUCUGCUGUUUGCUGCCCACGCUCGAGCGCCAAGUAACCGACUUCCCGGUGUUACACGCGACCAGUAUGCGACGCAUAUGCGAGAUGUGGUAAUGACGAUGCUUGGCUUGACCCAUACCAUGAACACCAAGGUGGGCAAUGAAUACAUUCGAGGUGUAUCAGGCGGCGAAAGAAAGCGGGUCAGUAUUGCCGAAACCACUUUGUGUCGAUGCCCUUUGCAGUGUUGGGACAACAGCACUCGUGGACUCGAUAGCUCAACGGCACUGGAAUUUGUCAAAAACAUUCGCCUUUCCACGGACUAUAGUGGAUCCACCGCUGUUGUCGCAAUCUACCAAGCGAGUCAGUCCAUUUACGACCUGUUUGACAAAGCAAUCGUCCUUUACAAAGGCCGCCAGAUCUAUUUCGGCAGUGCGUCCAAUGCACGGCGCUUCUUCAUCAAGAUGGGGUUCCAUUGCCCGGAGAGACAAACCACCGCGGACUUCCUCACUUCCCUCACCAGUCCUUCGGAACGCGUUGUUCACCCCGGGUUUGAAAACUCCGUUCCACGCACACCCGAUGAGUUCGCAGUACGCUGGAAAGAGAGCCCGGAGCGUAAGCAGCUUCUUGCUGAGAUUCAAGCAAAUGAAGCCGAGAACAAUAUCGGGGAAACGAAGUUUGAGGAAUUCAGUCGCUCUCGUGCAGCCGACAAGCCCAGGUUUACUCGGGCAGCUUCUCCAUACACACUCUCGUUUCCGAUGCAAGUCCGUCUGUGCCUUUGGCGAGGCUUCUUGCGCCUUAAGGCAGACUCGACUAUGACGCUUGCCACCCUCGUCGGGAAUAUCAGCAUGGCUCUGAUCAUUUCGAGUGUCUUUUUCGACACACCAAACAACACCGACAGUUUCUACAAGCGUGGAUGCCUGCUCUUCUUUGCCAUCAUGAUCAGUGGCUUCGCCAGCUCACUUGAAAUCAUGAUAAUGUGGCAGCAGCGGCCGAUCGUGGAAAAGCAUCGCAAGUACGCACUGUACCAUCCCUUGGCGGAAGCUAUUAGUGCGUACAUCGUGGAGCUUCCGGCAAAGAUCGUGCUAUCCGUGGUGUUCAAUUUGAUAUUCUACUUCCUACCCCAUCUUCGGCGCACUCCGGGCCAUUUCUUCGUAUUUUUCCUCUUUUCGAUAAUGACGACCCUUGUGAUGUCCAAUAUUUUCCGAUUCAUCGGCGCAAUCUCGCGGUCUGUGGCCCAAGCUAUGCCUCCUGCUUCGGUCUUCAUGCUUAUCUUGGUCAUUUACACCGGAUUUACUAUUCCUGUCCGAGAUAUGCACCCUUGGUUCCGGUGGCUCAACUACGUGAACCCGAUUGCUUACGCCUUUGAGGCGCUAAUGAUCAAUGAGUUCGGCGGACGGUCCUUCCCGUGCUCGAAUUUUGUCCCGGGUGGCAUGGACGUUUACAAAGAUGCUCCUCUCAGCUCUAAAAUCUGUUCGCAGAAGGGUGCUGUAGCAGGGCAAGAUUUUAUUGAUGGAGACACAUACAUCAACACGACCUACCGAUACUACAGCCCGCAUUUGUGGCGGAACUUCGGAAUUCUUUGCGCUUUCUUUGUCGCCUUCUUUGGAUUGUACAUCUUCUGCAGUGAACUCAUCCGCGCUAAACCAUCCAAAGGUGAAGUUUUGGUGUUUCCACGCGGCAAGAUUCCUGCUUUUGCCAAGGAUGCUCGAAAAGAUGAUCCAGAGGAAGUCAUCGCAUCGGAGAAAGGUGCAGUUGCUAGCGAACCCCAAGAAUUAACUGGAGCAAUUGUUCGCCAAACUGCCGUCUUCCACUGGGAGAAUGUGUGUUACGAUAUCAAGGUCAAUGGGACCGACCGACGCAUCUUGAACAGCGUGGAUGGUUGGGUCAAGCCCGGAACUCUGACGGCCUUGAUGGGUGUCACUGGUGCGGGAAAGACUUCCUUGCUCGACGUGUUGGCCAAUCGUGUCACUAUUGGCGUUGUCUCGGGGAAUAUGCUCAUCGAUGGGCGGCUACGUGAUGAUUCUUUCCAGCGCAAGACGGGUUACGUGCAGCAACAGGAUCUGCAUCUGGAGACUAGUACUGUUCGUGAAGCUCUUGCUUUUAGCGCUCUCCUACGCCAGCCUGCCACCAUUCCUCGCCGAGAAAAGAUUGCAUACGUUGAAGAGGUUAUUCGCAUGCUCGGUAUGGAGGAAUACGCAGAUGCCGUGGUCGGAGUUUCCGGUGAGGGUCUCAAUGUAGAGCAGCGUAAGCGGCUGACUAUCGGCGUGGAAUUGGCUGCGAAGCCAGAUUUGCUGCUGUUCUUUGAUGAACCGACUUCGGGUCUGGAUAGUCAAACUGCUUGGGCAAUCUGUACCCUCAUGCGCAACCUGGCCGACCACGGUCAGGCUGUGUUGUGUACUAUUCACCAGCCUUCGGCAAUGCUGAUGCAGCAGUUCGACCGCCUAUUGUUUCUCGCGAAAGGAGGACGCUCAGUGUACUUCGGAGACCUCGGCCCGAACAUGGAAACAUUGAUCAAAUACUUCGAAGACAAAGGGUCCCUCAAGUGCCCACCAAACGCAAACCCAGCCGAAUGGAUGCUCGAGGUCAUAGGUGCUGCGCCAGGAUCUCAUGCAGAUAGGGAUUGGGCUGAACAAUGGACCAACAGUGCCGAGCGCGCAGAGGUUCACAGAGAAUUGGCGAAAAUGAAAAAUGAAUUGUGUAUCCGGCCUGUACCUCUGCGAGCUGCAGGAUUUGGUGAAUUCGCCAUGCCAAUCUGGUAUCAGUUCCUCGUUUGUACUCAACGCACGUUCCAACAGUACUGGAGAUCUCCGUCAUAUCUGUACGCCAAAGUUCUCACUUGCACUGCCCCGCCACUAUUUCUCGGAUUCACCUUCUGGCACAUGCCUAACAGCAUUCAAGGGCUGCAGAAUCAAAUGUUUGCAAUCUUCAUGAUCCUCGUCAUUUUCCCGGGUCUGGUUCAGCAGAUGAUGCCGACCUUCGUCACCCAGCGUGCCUUGUAUGAGGUGCGCGAACGGCCUUCGAAAGCCUACUCAUGGAAGGCAUUUAUGAUGGCCAGCAUCCUCGUGGAGCUUGCGUGGAAUACCCUGAUGUCCGUCCCAUUAUUUUUCUGCUGGUACUACCCAAUCGGGUUCUAUCAUAAUGCAGAGCCCACAAACGCGGUCCUCGAACGAAGCGGCAUCAUGUACUUGCUGAUUUUACAGUUCAUGAUGUUCACGUCGACCUUCAGCUCCAUGAUGAUUGCUGGAAUUGAGGAGCCCGAUACUGGCAGCAACAUUGCCCAGUUCAUGUUCUCGCUUUGCUUAGUCUUCAACGGGGUGCUCUCUAAUCCCUCUGAAAUGCGUCGUUUCUGGAUCUGGAUGAAUCGCGUUUCGCCAUUCACCUAUUUCGUCUCCUCUGUGCUCUCCACGGGCCUGACUGGGGCUUCAGUGGAAUGUUCCAGCAUUGAAUGGCUCACUGUCUCGCCUCCAGAUGGCCAGACUUGCGGCUAUUAUCUUGACCCUUACAUCCAGACUGUUAAGGGCAAAUUGCUCAAUCCUGAGGCAUCGGCGGAUUGCAAAAUCUGCCCAAUGUCGAAAACAGACCAGUUCCUCGAAAGCCUCAACAUGUCGUACUCGGAUGUUGGGCGCAACAUCGGCUUGCUGUUUGCCUACAUAGGGUUCAAUAUUGUCGCGGCGCUCUUCAUGUACUGGCUCUGUCGCGUGCCCAAGCGUUGGUCGCGCAAACUCAAACAGACAUAA